AAUACCUUGGAUUAAGACCAGCAUAUGAAAACAUCAGUCUUAAUAAAUUCCGUCCAUUGACUUCUGGGAAGAGGGUUGUGUACAUGCUUACUGUCGUAUGGAGCGGUCAUUGUGCAGGGAAGGGGAGGCGAUAAGCUGUGACCAUCACCUAUUGUGAUCCUCUACUAUUUACAGCUGGUCAUCUUGCAACAUUCAUCUUGGAAUAUUUUGAGCCAUGCUGAAAGAUUAGUUCUAUCAAAUGUUCUUUUCCUGCUCAAAUCUUGGCUGAGGUUUGUGUGAAACUGAGGAUGGAGCAAAAUACAGACGACUUACCUCUAAUGGCUAACACAAGUCACAUUCUAGUAAAACACUAUUCGCUGGACCUUAAUGUGUGCUUUGAAAGUCAGACCAUAGAAGGGAGUAUUGUUUUAUUCCUUGAACCCAAUGUGUCUUGUGAAGAUAGCAAUAUUGGGAAGCCUUGCCCUUCUCAAGCUGUUGAUGCCUGCAGCGACCAGGCUCAGGAGACACAUUCAGGUAAAUCCACAUCACAAAGUAGACACUCCACUAUUAGUGAAAGAGAUGGCAACAGGAAGCAGACUACUUCAGAGAACUGUUGUGACAGAGAGAAUCAUGGGAGUGGGGAUUUCCGUCUGGUACUGGACUGCUGCGAUUUAUCUGUGUUAAAGGUCGAAGAGGUUAAUGUCACUGGUGCUCCUAAAAAAUGCAUGAGUUCCAUGUUACCAAGUAGUGAAUCUGAGCAGCAGUUAACUCAUGGCCAUCACAUCCCACCUGAACUUGUGGCUUUACCUGCAAAUCGAUGGAAGGAACAGAUGUCCUAUUACAUGCACUGCAGCCGGGCACCAGGUUGUGGAGAACUCAGGUUUUUUAUGGAAACUUGGAGCCUGCAGAUUAGCAAAUGUGGAGUAAAUAUGGCCACUGACUUCCCUUCUGCUCUAAGGAUAUGGUAUAAGACAACAGCAAAUGGGAGGUCAAUAAAAUGGACCAAAGACCAAAGUGGAAGGCCUUGUGUUUUUACCUUUGGAUCACCUAUUAACAACAGGGCCCUUUUUCCAUGUCAAGAGCCACCCGUGGCAAUGUCAACAUGGAAUGCAACUGUUCGGGUUCCCAGAGACUGCACUGUAUUAAUGAGUGGAGAAAAUUUUGCAGCUCCACAUCACUAUACUCAAGGAAUCUGCAGCUGGUUCUACUAUGUGACAAUGCCUAUGCCAGCCUCUACUUUUACCAUUGCAGUUGGAAGUUGGACAGAAGUAAAGGAUAGUCCUUACACCUCUUUGGAAAGUUGCCAUUUAUUUAGUAUUAUGCCAUUAAACAUGGAUGAGAAAAGAUCCUCAGAACAGGAAUGCAGACAUGUGGAAUAUCCUUGCCGUUAUAGAAGUAUUGAGGCCUGCUCCCAGAUUUGCAUACCUCAUCGUGUUUUUGCUCCAGAUGUACUUACACACCAGUGUAAAGAGAAGUUGAUUCCAGUCCUUUCUCAGUGCCUUGAGGCAGCUUAUUCGGUGUUGGGCACCCACCCAUUCUCACGCCUUGAUAUACUCAUAGUGCCUUCUAACUUCUCCAGUUUAGGAAUGGCAAGCCCACACAUUAUCUAUCUAUCCCAAAGCAUACUGUCUGGAAGAAACCAGCUCUGCAUUUCACGUGUUUGCCAUGAAAUUGCACAUGCUUGGUUUGGGUUGGCCAUUGGAGCACGUGAUUGGACCGAAGAAUGGUUAAGUGAAGGAUUUGCGACACAUCUAGAAGAUGUAUUCUUAGCAAAAGUCCUGAAGUUAUCAGAGGAAGACUCCAAAGAACAUCAAGAUCUAAAAGCUCUUCUGCGAUGGCGUCGUCUUAAUGAUGAGCUCAGCAAUUCCCAAGAGGAACUACAAAUACUAAGACCACAGGGAGAAUCCACUGGUGAAGUUAGUGACUCAGGAGCUUCCAUGGUACGACAUGGCUUAAAUGCAGACAAAACUUUCAUGCAAGUGCAUUACCUAAAGGGUUAUUUUCUACUACGACAUCUUGCAAAUACAAUUGGUGCAGAUACUUAUCUUGCAUUUCUAAGAAGCUUUGUGAAUAGAUCUCAUGGACAAUUGAUACUUUCUCAGGAUUUUUUGCUCUUGCUGUUGGAAACUGUUCCUGAACAUUUGAAACAUGGCCUGUCUGUUGAUGACAUCUACCAAAUCUGGCUUGACCCUCCAGGGAUGCCACAGCCCUUGCUGGAGGAAAGCCAGACAUGGACAGGAAAUGGACUAGUGCAGCAAGUCAAACAAGAGGUCUCGAAGUGGAUUCAACUAAACCAGAAAAACAGACGAGGAGGCACGGGACGAAAGCGACAACAUUGCGAAGAAUUUGAUGAAAAGAUUGUUCCAGAUCAGCUGGUUUUGCUUUUGGAUUUGCUGUUAGAGGAGAAAACUUUAUGUGCAAAGACACUGCAAUGCUUAAAGAAGACAUACAACUUGCAUGAGCAGGAUGCAGAGGUGCGGCAUAGGUGGUGCGAACUUGUUAUAAAACACAAGUAUACCACAUCAUACAAGGACGUAGAGACUUUCCUUCUCCAGGACCAGGCCAUGGGUGUGUACCUCUAUGGAGAAUUAAUGGUGAACGAGGAUGCCAGACAGCAAGAACUUGCACACAGAUGCUUUGCUGCUGUCAGAGAUCAAAUGGAUGUAUCCUGUGUUAAAGUGGUGGGAGAAAUGUUGUUUUAAUGGAUUGACUUCCAUAGAACAAUGCUGUGACUGAAACGGCCAAGCUCUCGGUGUGGUCAUGUUAAUGCAAGUUAAACUAGAUAGGAUUAAGUUCUGAACUAUGGGUGGAUUACUUGUUCUAGAACAAGGCCGUACUAGGAGCCUGGCCUCCAGCACAUUACAUCAAUGUUAGAAGCUAUGUCUGUGUGGCAUAUAUCAAGAGUAAGUUGAAAGAUAGUAGGUAAUCCUAGUCUCAGACUGUCUGUAAUGUCUCAUCCAUUAUUUUUACAUUUCUAUGCAGUAGUUAAAAAUAAAUCCAUUUACUAUCUUUUACAAAUGCAACA